CGUGUGUUAAAGCAUUAAGAAAUUGAGCUUUGUCUCUUAGUCAGAAGAUUACACCGGAGGUGCAUGGCCAGAUAUAGAGGGAAGGCCCUAAAUUUUAAUUUGCAUAACGGAACGUGAUGAUGGUGAUGUGGCGAUAAAGUGCAGGGAUCAGAUAUGAUGGGGAGCUCAUGAGGACGAGAUACAUCCGUGGGGAGAUCAUCUCUGGAUUCAGAUUUAAAAUCCGGGAGAUUUCUCUAUCAGGACCACACCGAACGAUGCAUGGCGACCGCAUCAACAAUUUCAUAUUAUAAGGCGACAUUUAAUCCGAUCCUACACACCGGCUAACCAGGAGGGAAUGUAAAAGGAGGCUUUUGAUGAAUGGAAUUCUAGGACUGAUGCGUCUCUGUUGGCCUCUCUUACAGAGCGCAUACUGGAAAGAGGAGGAUAGCGGUAUUUCAAGGGUUCGUGUUUGCUCAUAAUGUCGGUGACACAGAAAUAAAAGCGUGUCGGACGCGAACACGUGUUUUUGGACUUGCUGUUUGAGAUUUAGUUUGAACAGAUCGGCGGAAUGAUGUCUUUAAGGUGUCACCGGAGUAAGUCGGUAUGGGCUACUCUGGGCGUGCUGGCGUUGUGCUGGCUCUACAUCUUUCCAGUGUACAGGAUACCUAGCGACAAAGAGAUGGUGGAUGAGGUUCUGCGGCAGGGACAAACAUGGACCAGAAACCAAACGGGAAUUGAGCUGUACAGGAAGCUGCUUACGGAAUGCUGUGACCCAAAGAGGAUGUUUAUUGUGACUAAAGAGAACUCGCCAAUUGGGAAGGUCCUGUGGUAUGAUGGAGAAUUGUACCAUUACCAUACGGUCAACAAUGAGACGUACCCCUUCUUUGUUCAGGAUACACCACUGCAGCUUCCACUAAAGAAGUGUGCGGUGGUGGGCAACGGUGGGGUCUUGAAACACAGCGACUGUGGAAAAGAAAUUGACCAGGCUGACUUUAUCAUGAGAUGUAACCUUCCUCCAUUGUCCGAAAAGUACACUGCUGACGUAGGUACCAGAACACACCUAGUGACUGCUAAUCCUAGCAUCAUUGAAAAGAGCUUUCAGAAUCUCCUCUGGUCCCGCAAAGCCUUCGUAGAUAGCAUGAAGGUGUACGGUUCCAGCUACAUCUACAUGCCUGCGUUCUCCAUGAAGCCCGGUACUGACCCCUCCCUCCGGGCAUACCACACCCUUGCGGACUUCGCCACCAAUCAGACUGUUCUCUUCGCCAACCCAGACUUCCUCAAAAACGUCGGGCGAUUUUGGAAAAAUCGUGGCGUCCAUGGCAAACGCCUCUCAACCGGGCUGUUCCUGGUGAGUCUUGCGCUUGGGUUAUGCGAAGAGGUGACCGCUUACGGUUUCUGGCCGUUUUCAGUAGGCCUUGACGAGCGACCGGUCAGCCAUCACUAUUAUGACAACAUCCUCCCAUCCUCUGGAUUUCACGCCAUGCCUGAGGAGUUCCUGCAGCUUUGGCACUUGCACAAGACCGGCACGCUGCGUAUGCGUGUGGGCCAUUGUUCAAAAGCGGGGGAGUAGCAAGAAGAGGAGGAAAUAGGAAUAGAAGCGUUGCCAGGGGCAACUCCCUUUAUUCUCGCAGGAAUAGGAUGGCCAUCUUUCCCUGUGAUUAGCAUGAGAAUACUGUGAGUUGUCAUGUGACGCCCCACCCCCAAAGCUGGGCUUUUUUCAAUGCUUGACCCCCUUGUAUGUAGUCCACAACCUACCCGUUAUUGCCAAGGGACUCACUUGCAUGUAUACCCAUCCUCAUGUAUGUGCUCAAUGGGGGUUUGUUGCAUCUUUCAGUAAAGCUGGUGGGGGCUCAGGUGUCCCAUUUAAACUACAUCCACCAACAGUAUAGACCAUUAAACCCAGGGGCUAGUCCUUUACUUAAUGUAAAGAUGGUUUGGGGGAGGGUCUCUUCUUCUAGAUAUGUCUUAAAGAGGAAAUGAGAACAAUGCGGUGACCAUUUCAUGUGUAUUUAUCUUGAGUGCAAAUAAUGAAUCAUGUGAAAAUCAGUCUAAGAGCGUUCAUAUCUACACAGCCUGGAAAAGGGAAUUUCAGCCGGGAAUUGAAUGUGAAUGGCAUACAGCUGUAAUUUGCAGAUUAUAUUUUAAGGCUUCGGUUUGUGUUGUCGCCGUGUGUUUUUUACAGUUAUUUAAAGGAAAGUAUACUGUGAAAUGCAUUGAUUUGUAUUGCAUUUUAUACAUGCAUCAGAAGUUUGACAGCUCCCACGCAAUGCAAAUAUUUGCAUUUGUGCAUUUGGCAGACGCUUUUAUCCAAAGCGACUUAUAGGUGCAUUAUGUAUUACAUUACAUCAGAAUGUUGAGUGGGAUUGAACCUUUGUGUUGCAAGCACACAAAAACCUAGAAGACGAAACCUACAGGAACAUUUUCAGGAUAAACAAAGCAGAUGGGAUUUCUUAAAGACAAUAGGAAGAAUGAGUAACUUCCUGUGCCAUUGGAAGAGCUGUGAAGACCUUUGGAUACUUAGUUGCUGCUCUUCUCAAUCAUAUGAAGGCACGAUUGUGGAAUUAGCCCUUGUGACAAGAUUAAAGGGACACCAUGAAAGCUUGUUUUUUUUGGUAUUUUUGCUUGCUAAGGUGCUGGACACCUGUUCCAUGUAUAUAAUCGAUCGCUGAUUUCAUUACCAUAAGUAUUGUGUUUUUGAAUGUAAUGGCAGCCUUUCUAUUAUUCUGCUCAGUAACUUUUUUUUUGCAUUGUAAUAUUGUUUUGUUCAAUUGCACACAAGGGUUUUAAUCUUGUAUCGUAGGUGCUAUAGAUGUCAAAUAUUCACUCAAACUAGUUUCAACUUGCUUUUUUAUCACAAAAUAUUUAGAUACACGAGUGUUAGAAAAGAUGUAACACGUUUGAGGCCGGAACAUGCACUACGCAAGUACGCACAUUUUAAAUUUGGACAGUGCAUUACAUUAAGUGUACAGUCGUUUUAUUUAUUUAGUGUGCAUGCUUGUGUUACUGUGACGCAACAAACUUCAGUAUUGAUUAUUGUUACACAGGAAAUUAGUUCAAAUAUUUGUGCCAUUAAACCAAAUGUUACUUUUAUUUAAGUAGCUGUAAACAUGUUGACAUGCAACAACGCAUGCAAUGAGCUCAUGUUGCCAGAACAGUUUGUGUUGCGUACUUGUGUAGGGUUUUUUUUUUUGGCAGUAUUGUAUUUACAUCAACAAAACCCCUGUAUUUGGAUUUUUCAUUGGCCGAGUAUUACCAUGAACACGUUUUUACACUUCUUAAGCGCGUGCCUUUUGAUAAAAAAAAAACAAAGGCUAAGGAUUGGUUUUUACUGAGUGUAAGGAUAAUUUAUUAUUUUUCUUUGCCUUCAAAUUCUUAACAUCACAUUGUUUGUUUAUAUGAGGGAUUUUAUGAUGUAUUACUUACUUAUGUGGAAAGACUUCUGAUUUAUUAUGACGAAUGAAGUGCAAAUUUUGAAAGUGGGUGUUGAAAUGUCUAAGCAUGCUGUAUGAGAAGGACCAAUUUAUAGUUGUUUAUGUACUAUUUUAACUUAAUUGCCAAAAACUCCAUUUUGUUUUGUACACGAGUAUGUAGGAGCUGGCAUUAUUUAUUUAUUUGCACCUUCGUGCUGUUCAGUAUUGUGAAUGAGUGAGGUCGUAGUUUGUAUGUAGGCAUGCACGACUGUGAUGUGUAAUUGGUUUUUGAAACUGAUUUUGAGUUUUAAACUCGCCAACUGUUUUUGCCAAGUCUUGCCCUUUGAGUUUUGAGCCAUACAGUAUGAAGGUUAUGUUCCCUGCUAAAACUGAGCUUACCUCAAAUGUACUUUACACUGUUAACUCCAUCAAUGAAGCUCAAAAGAGCUCGAAUCUUAGAAAAUUGUAUGUUUUACUCCAAAAAGGGUCCUAAUACGCCCAUUUUCUUUGCUCAGGCGGUUAGGUGAUGGAUUUACUUGAGCGCAUGUCACAAUUUACUAACAGUAAACAGGAACCGGGCCGUUGUUUCUGUGCCAACUGGGUUAUGCAAAUAAAGGGAAAAAAAUGAACAUUUUGUGUUAAAAGUGAACAAAAUACUUUCAAAUAAUAAAAACCAGUGUCAACUAGUCUGCUGCAGUAUGUAUUGUGUGAAUUGUAAUUCAGAAUGACAUUAAAUUUGUUUGAAUUAUGUA